CCCGGGAGAGGGGGCUCGCGGGUCCCCCGGCGGCGCCCGGAGCUGGUUUGAGGCUGGAGCUUGCUUUCUGGAAGGGUGCAGAGCUCACACACAGACACCUUUUAACUCCUGAACGGAUUGCAUCAAGUUACAGGGAAAACUUUUCUGUCCUGUUGGGGUUUCAAAGUACAGACUGUCAUGAAGUCGCGGGCUCCGCGAUCCGGUCUCCAAAGUGUCAAGAUUGUCCGCGGGAGGGGCUCUUGAUGUGGUGCAAGGUUUUGUGGGGCUGUAAAGCGAAACUGUGGUCAUUUAAGGGGAGAAACAGCCCGCGCGCGUUUCUCUGUGCCCUCGGAGAGGACUAGUGUUUGCUGAAGGUGUGGUGAUGCGGCUCUCGCCCCAAGUGGACUGGGUGCAGUCGCAAGGAGCAGGGGACUCUUAACACCCAAGGUGUAAUCAUGAAAACCGGUCUCCGAAGGUUCUCCGGAACUGGACACCCUGUUUCCUUCAGACUCUUGCUUGAUGCUUUUGUUUCUGCGCCUCAUGGACCACAUUUCCUCGGGGUCUCCAGUAAACCCUUAGCUAGAGAACCUCAGCUCCUUCAAAGAGUUCCAGGAAUUGCACUGAGAAAAAUAAGGCAGAUUUUGUGGUAGAUUGGUGUUGAUCCUCGCUGCAGGUGGUGGCAGAACAUGUUGUGCUGAUUCAGAAAUCCUGAGUGAACUUUCCCUAAUGGUGGACACCUGACAUUUCAGCAGAGCGUCUCCACACCUCCAAGCCUCCAAAACCCCUGCAGGUCAGAUGAGCACCCUCAAGGACCGUCAGUUUCUAAGCAGGACCCGCAGCUCUCGGUGGAGCUUGAAUGCAUUGAUGCUUUAUAGCUAGCACUGAAGACCAGGCUGUGACCCCCUCCCCACACCCCUGCGCCCGCCACCCUGCGUGAUCCAGGAAGGCACGAGCCCCGGAGCUGUGGCUGGGAGAGGGUUCUGCCCUCCUUCAUCCAGAUAGCAGAUCCCAUCCCAGGUCCUUAGAGAAAAGUGCCUGGAGGGCUUUCAAGGAAUCCCAGUGCCAUCACAUGCUCAAACAUCUUCACAAUGGUGCGAGGAUCACUGUGCAGAUGCCACCAGCAAUCGAGGGCCACUGGGUGUCCACCGGCUGUGAAGUGAGGUCGGGCCCAGAGUUCAUCACAAGGUCCUACAGAUUCUACCACAAUAACACCUUCAAGGCCUACCAGUUCUAUUAUGGCGGCAACCGGUGCACCAGCCCCACCUACACCCUUGUCAUCCGGGGUAAGGUCCGCCUGCGCCAGGCCUCCUGGAUCAUCCGCGGGGGCACCGAGGCCGACUACCAGCUGCACAACGUGCAGGUUGUCUGCCACACAGAGGCUGUCGCCGAGAGGCUCAGCCAGCUGGUGAACCGCACAUGCCCGGGCUUCGUGCCCGCUGGGGGCCCGUGGGUGCAGGACGUGGCCUACGACCUGUGGCGGGAAGAGAAUGGCUGCGAGUGCACCAAGGCCGUGAACUUCGCCAUGCACGAGCUGCAGCUCAUCCGUGUGGAGAAGCAGUACCUCCAGCACAACCUGGACCGCCUGGUGGAGGAGCUCUUCCUCGGGGACAUCCACACUGACGCCUUGCAGAGGAUGUUCUACCGGCCAUCCAGUUAUCAGCCCCCUCUGCAGAAUGCCAAGAAUCACGACCAUGCCUGCAUCGCCUGCCGCAUCAUCCACAGGUCAGAUGAGCACCGCCCGCCCCUCCUGCCCCCCAAGGCUGACCUGACCGUCGGCCUGCACGGCGAGUGGGUGAGCCAGCGCUGCGAGGUGCGGCCCGAGGUCCUCUUCCUCACGCGCCACUUCAUCUUCCAUGACAACAAUAACACCUGGGAAGGGCAUUACUACCACUACUCUGACCCCGUCUGCAAGCACCCCACCUUCACCAUCUAUGCCAAGGGCCGCUACAGCCGGGGGGUGCACUCCUCCAGGGUCAUGGGAGGAACAGAGUUUGUGUUCAAAGUGAACCACAUGAAGGUCACCCCCAUGGACGCGGCCACCGCCUCACUCCUCAACGUCUUCAACGGGAACGAGUGUGGGGCCGAGGGCUCCUGGCAGGUGGGCGUCCAGCAGGACGUGACACACACCAAUGGCUGCGUGGCGCUGGGGAUCAAACUACCUCACACCGAAUAUGAGAUCUUCAAAAUGGAGCAGGACGCCCACGGCCGCUAUCUGCUGUUCAACGGCCAGAGGCCCAGCGAUGGGUCCAGUCCGGACAGGCCUGAGAAGAGAGCCACCUCCUACCAGAUGCCCUUAGUCCAGUGUGCGUCCUCUGCGCCCAGAGCCGAGGACUUCUCUGAGGACCACCGGGGUCACCAGUAUGGGAGCUGGGCGCCCGGGAAGAGCGCUUGUCCUCUGCUCCUUGCUGUGCUCGCCGGCCUUUUGACUCUACCGCACUGGAACGUCCUCAGAUAGAAGUUUUUAAAAAGCUGUAUUUUUCCAAACCAGGAUUCCUUACAAUUGACAGAUUUUCUUUACAAAAAAAGGGCGCUGCUUCUUGUGAUGCACUUGAAUGCCCCAGAACUGUGGCUCCUUUUCUGCUGCCUAGCCCCCUCCCACCUGGCCUGAGUCCUGAGCAGCGCGCUGUUUGAAGUUUCUGCUUUGAACUCUGGCCAGUGGGAUCCCAGGCCAGGGCGCCUUCUCGAGAGUAAUUGCACUUUAAGACCGCAGAGAGUGGCGGGCUAGUGUGUUUGGUAGAGGAGCAGGGUGACAGCUAAGUCCUCUUCUUUUCUUCCUCAUAAUUAUUAUUCUGUUUCUGAGUCACACUUAGACAGAUAUCAAGCUCCAGCUUUUCCUGCCACUGUACUGCUUACUGUCCUCCCCUGAAACCAUGUUACGACCUGGAAUCCAGUGCAGAGUUGGUUUGGGACAGCAAUCAAGACACCUAUUAUUAAUAAAGAAGAGACUUGAGUGUAGAUAUGUAUAUAGGGAAAGACACCGGGUUUAGCUUAACCAUCCUGACAGCCUUAAUGCAAAAAAAAGGAGGGAAUCCCAGCUUUUAAAUGUUGAGUGGAAAAGUAUCUGUAAUUAAAGUUUCAAUGGAA